AUGAUGGAGAGUUAUGAGCAGAGGAAUGUAUAUGGUGAAGACGACAUUCAAGUGGAGGAUAGCAAGAAUGACCCGGUGGAGGAAGUCAAUACGGAUAAGGAGGUGCAGCCGUCUUUUGCAAUGGGGGACCAAGCGAGCAUUGAUUUUACAUCUGCCGAGUGGGACUAUUUGAGAAUAGCACAACAUACAAUUCACCAGCAGACUUUUGACAGCAAUGGCACUGAAAUUUCACCCUCGAUAUCAAACCAUACGUUGCAGCUGCUACGUCCCGCGUUUUCAUCGGAGUAUGACACAGAUGCUACUGAUUUUUUGGGUUUUGCCGAUGGCCGUAAUCUUAGCACUUCGCACGUUCAUAAUACGGCUGGAGGAGGGAUUGUUGUGGGGCAUGAUAAUGGCUCCAAUUUCAAGAUUAGCCAGGACUUUGCUUUUCCGCACCAGUUGGAUGCCAGCUAUUGGGAUUAUAUGAUGGAGAAGGAGAAUAUUACGCACGGUAUAAAUGAGCCACGACUUUACGAACACAAUUCAAUUCAAUUGAAUAAAAAUGACGAAAUUGGAAGAGCAGAUGCAGAUGCAGACGCAGACGCAGACGAGAGAACGGCAAAUGAUUUUGCAACAGAAGCAACUCUUGAGCCAAGUCAGCCAGAUAAUGAUGAUGCUCCUUCUUAUUCUUCUGCUGCUGCUGCCACCGCCGCGGGGAAGUUUUACGACGACGAAAUGCAAUUGUAUCAACUCAACAACAACAUUUACGAGGACUUAUCUUACAAGAGAUUUGAUGAAUCUCAACUAGUCGAGGCAUUGCUGCGAAGCGAUCGACUAUCGCUGCCUCCUAAGAACGCACCUAAUGUUUCGGCAAAUGUCUAUAAUCGAUCUUUUGAGGACCUUGGAUCAGCCAUGGCUCUGGCGCUGGCGCUGGCACUGGCACUGGCUUCUGCUCUGGCUCUGGCGCUGGCACUGGCACUGGCACUGGCACUGGCACUAGCACAGGCUCAAAGUCAAAGUCACAAUCAAAACCAAAACCAAAACCAAAAUCAAAAUCAAACUCUGGCACAUUUGGUCGUUGACUUUGACAAGUUUGUCACGUCUCCCAUAUACGAAUGGCCCGAAGACGAAACCACCGGUUGUGAUAAGUUUCUAAACAAGAUGAAGUUGCGACUAGCCAACUUGGAACCAAGAGCAAUUAGUGAGCUGGUGUUGAAAACGGUACGGGAAGAAUUUGUCAUUCAGGACUUGUUCUUAAGCGGCGCGUCUCCGCCAUCCCCUGAAAUCCCCAAACUGAUAAGGAAAAAAUCCGAUCGCGAUGUCGAAUGGACACCGCUUUCUGUUUACAAGGCAUACACGAACAUCAAGUCGCCAACGAACGGCAAGGAUUCUUACAAUCGCUUAGUACCGUACACAUCUUGCAUAGGAACCUUGAAUUACCGUCCCAAGGAUCAUGCCGCUUGGAAAAGGUCGCCCAACAGGAGGCAAUAA